UUAUUUUAAUUUGUUUUGGUAAUGAUUCAGGAGUGCUUAUGUUCCUUAGUUGUGGAUGACUCUGAUGAUGUGUCUUUAACUGCUCAAGAUUUCCUUGAUUCGUUAUUUUUCUCACAACAUUCAAAAGCUCUUAUAGAACAUGAUGCUACAGAGAUAUUUAUCAGGCACCUUGAAAAGCUUCCCAAAAUGAUCCUUGGAAAUGAGGAGUCACUUGCAGUAUUACAUGCUCAGCAGUUACUAACACUAAUAUUUUAUUCUGGUCCUCAUCUGUUGGUGGAUCAUCUCCAGUCUCCUUCAGGAGGAGGUGUUAUUGAUUUUAUUCACAACUCACAGAUAAACACGCAAAAGAGAAUUGUUUAUUGGGAGCAUAAAUCCUUGACUUUGAAAGUACUCAAAGGAGUAAGGCUCCCCAGGAUACCUUUAGCGUGCGUUUGGUUGUGGGUGUGUCUACCCAAGACACAGACACGGUAGUACUCGUUCUCUGUUUGGCUAGUAAGACACAAAAUUCUGAUAGGUACGGGAAGACACAAAGGCACAUAGAGACACAAAAUUUGUGUAUAGCACCAAGGGGUGGAACACUGAUCUUGAGACAUAGACAAUAUUUUUAACAUUAAUUUUUCAAAAUUACCCUUCAAAUCCUUCUCCUUUCUCCAUCUCUUUUCAUCCCUUCCACUCCCAAAACACAGAGAGUUUAACCUCUCAUCUUCUCUUCUUGCCACUCCGACCACCGCCGCCUCUCUUCCUCCUUUCCUUCCACCCAAAUCACCGUCGCCUCUCUUCUCUUCGUGUCACCAGACCACCACCGCCUUUCUUCCACCCAGACCACCUCCUGUCCUCCCUUUCUUCCAUUUAGACCACCGCUACCACCCCCAUCCCUUCCUCCCUUUUCUCCCCCUUGCUUCUUUUUUGCUCUUCACGGUUGUCUCUUCGCUGCCGUCACCUUUCGUAGUUGUUGCCUCUACUUUACAUCUCGUCGACGAUCCAUAUUUGCGAACGGUUCUCCCUUCUGUCACUAUGUUUCCAGAUCCAUUCUCCAUUCUCUCGCGCACCGUGUUUUCAGAUCUGUUUUCCUUCUGUUAUCAUGUUCCAGAUCUGUUCUCCCUUCUGUCACCAUUUUUUUUUGUUUUUGUAUAA